UAUUAUGAGGUAUGCAACCCUGUCGAAAUUUUCGUUGAGUAUCGAAUUUUCAGUCGAACAGAAUUUUGCUUUCGAUGCUGUAGCGUAGUGUGAGAAAAUUGCUGAUAAUGUCUAAGGUCGUGAGUACCAAACAACAACUGGAAAUGCUGGUUUCAAUGAUGGAACAAAAUCGUCAAUUUGCAAAAGGGAUUUGCUCAAAGGUUAAUGCGGCAAAAAAAAUGGGAGGACUUUACGCAGGAACUCAAUUGUUUAGGGCCACCUAUACGAACGACGGCAAAAUGGAUUAAGGUGUGGACUGACAUGAAGUCCAAAACUGAAAAGAAAGUAGCGCAAAACAAAGCUGAAUACCGAGCAACAGGUGGAGGACCGAACAGGCUACAAGCAUAUAAAAAUGUUGGCUUGCUUGAGCUUGACGCCUGUGUGAAUCCACCGGGAGCAGAAUUCGGCCUGGAUAUAACUGCUGAUGACCAACGCCUAGAUUCGGUAGAGGCGGCUCCAUCAGAUGAAAACCUGCAACCAAUAGACAAUUUAGGAUUGAGCGAUGAAGACCACAAUUAUGAAGUUCCGGAAAAUACAGCACGGAAACCAAGGGCAAAAAAGUGCAACAAGACAGAGAGGCUGAAGUUGCUGGAAGCGCAGACCAAUGCCCAGAAAAGGUUCUAUGAGGAGAUGAUUACAAAUAUAAAGGACAUUAAAAAAUGUGCUUUAUAAACUGAAAAGUACACGAGAAAAAUGUAUUCUUUAAAAAAAGACACAGCAAAAGAACUUUUACAAUUGAAAAAAGAAAAAUUACAAAUCUUCAAAAAUUAAGUUCUUCUCAAAGCCAGAAGGAUCGGAGAGCAAAGCUACAACUAAAGGUUGCGCUUUUGGAGGUAAAGAAACAAAUGCUGCCAAGAACAUAAUUUUAUAUUAAUCUAAGUGCCUAAAAUGAAUUGACGUGAUAUUUUUUUUAUAUAAUUAGAAUUAAGAAGACUGUUUAAGUUUAAGAUAAAUGAAUUAACGAGCUAUUUUUUUCUGUAUGAUGAAUUUAGAAAGACUGUUUAAACUUAAAUGUAUAUUAAAAUAAGGAAAUGAAUUUGUGAUAAUUUUUUAUGUAAUGCACCUA